CCUGCUGUGAAGCGGAAGUAGUAACUUGAAAGGCGGUAGGACCAGGACGUCCUUGGAAACAUCAUGCACACUGUCAGUCCUGUGCAUAAUGUAACGUUACUACAAGUCUAGCCAAGUUGAUAAAUUGAUGCGAUCCCACCUGCUAAUAGAAGAUGCCACUCCACAAAUACCCGCCUCGGAUGUGGGAGGCGCUUAAGCUAAAGACAGGCAUUUAUUCCCGACUCCCACAACACUAUUUAAAAAGCUUGGAAGACAAAACGCCUCCCACACCUGUGCAUUGGAAAGCACUUGGAGUGAAGUAUCGUGCCAACCCCAAAACUGGUCAAAAAGAACGGGUGCAGGAUGUUCCCGUCCCAGCUUACUACCCACCGGAGUCCCAAGAGGGUCUUUGGGGAGGAGAGGGUUGGAUAUCAGGCUACAAAUAUGCCAACGAUGAAAAGCUGUCUACACGAUUUAAGAAAAACUGGAAGCCCCAACUCUUCAAGAGGGAGUUUUACAGUGAGAUCCUGGACCAAAAGUUCAACAUCACAGUCACCGCACGCACCUUAGAUCUUAUCGAUGCUGCCUUUGGCUUUGAUUUUUACAUCCUGAAGACACCCAAACAAGAUCUGAACUCCAAACUUGGAAUGGACCUUAAGCGGGCCAUGCUCCUCAAGUUGGCACGAAAGGACCUGUAUCCAGAAGAUCCCGAUCGUCGAGAAAAAGUCUUCAAGAGAUACAAGCCGUUUGAAAUCACUGAGGAGGAAGCAGAGUGGGUUGGUCUGAGUCUGGACGAAGCCGUGGAAAAACAGAGAGUUCUGGAACUUAAGGAGCCUGAGCCUGUUUUCAAAGAAUGUGUGGACAGCCUUGUGAAGGAGAUCGCCAUUCAGAAGCUUUUGGAACCAAAGAUUGUGGAGAAGACGUAGAGUCUACUGUUUUACUGGCUGAUACUGGCAGACUCUUACUGCAUACGAAUUUGACCCAUACAUUUGACAUGUGCUUAUGUUAUGUAAUCAAAACUAGUUGGCAUUGACAAUAAGUGCUUAUGUAAAUAUGUGACUUCUUUAGUAAAUUGAGCGUUGUAAGAAAGAAA